GACAAUCGAUCAAUCAGUUUGAUUAUUGACAGUAUUUAUUUACAAACACAAAGCUAAAUUGUUGUAAGCAAAAUUAGAUAGUGCAAUACACAUCUAGUAGUGUAUAAAUGACCAGUGAUGUCUCAAAAGUGUAUAGAAGAGACCGGACACAAACUAUCCAGUAAUAACGAGGAUAUUGUGCGGUAUUUGUGCGGUAUCGAAAAUGAAAGACAAACUUUGGAAGAUAUAAUUCAAAAACAAUAUCAAGAGCGAAAGAGAAUAGAGAUAGAAAUAGAAAAAUUAACGUAUAAGCUCUGUUUGAUUAACAAGAGUCUUUCGAUGCGCAUCAAGGCGAAGAACAAUUAUGAUAAGACCAUCGAAGAGAUCCAGUCACAUUACAGCGUGCUGGUAGACAGUUCUAACAAGCUGAGGAACCUUGUAGAAAAAACUCAAGCGGAUCUUGACGACAUCAUGAACAAAAAAAUUGGUACUGGUACCGGAGAAAAUAUUCCGCCAGGACUGACCCCUCUAACUGACCCCACUGAAUGCCCUUGCGAUAACACACCAGAAGAACCAACCAGGUUAAUCAAAACACAGAUGCCACCUGGUUCCUCUUCCGCAACUACCCCGAUUGCUUAUUCCACUCACAGCGUCACUUCUAACUUCACCAGCUCUUACGUGUCUGCGGCCAAUUCUACAGACAAAGCUGAUUUAAAAACCGAAUUAGAAGAUCCUAAAAGAAGCCAAUCCAGAGGCCUGGAACAAGGAUCAGCAAUGCGUGCAGCAUCUUCUCAAAACGGUCAACAAUCGUCUACAACUUGUACAGGUCAAUCUGUGGAUGACAUAUUAUCAACUGUGACUGGAGCAUCGGCGAUGUCAAAAUUAAAUGAAAUGAAAGAGAGAGAAUUGGAUGAUAGACCUAAAUCUGGAAAGAGUUCAAUUUUUAGAGAAUUUUAAUUUAAACAAGAUUGUUUAAACCCCUCAACAUUUAAAAUAACCAGAAAAUACAUAAUUAUGUUCUAUACUGAUAUAAAAAAAUAAUUUAAUGUUUUCUGUGAUCUAAAUUAUUGUUUAAAUGUAUCUAAU